AUGUCUAAAACUCACGUCUUCAUCGUUGGUGCUUCCGGAUAUACUGGAGGAGCAAUUGCGAAAGCACUUCUGGAAGCGGGGAACUUUUCAUCCAUUAACAAACCAGGCAUCAAGAAGCUGACCGAUGCUGGUGCUGAGGUCGUGAUAGGAGAUAUCUCUGAGUCUCCUGAGAAGCUGGAAUCCUAUCUGAAGGGCGUAGACGUCUUGAUCUCUACGGUCCUUGUCACGGUAGAUCAGAAGCCCUUGAUACUGGCGGCCAAGAAUGCUGGCGUUGGGCGCGUGGUUCCGUCUGACUUUGGACCGACUGCGCCGAAGGGUGUGAUGGCCAUGCAUGAUCUGAAACUCGGGAUUCGUGACUAUAUCAAAGAACUUGGGCUUCCGCAUACCUUCGUUGAAGUCGGGUGGUGGUUGUCGGGGAUGUUUCCCCCUCGCCACUCAGUGAGGAAUACACUUAUGACACAGAAGGCCUACGUCGGCGAUCGCUCUCAAAAGCUCAUUUAUUCGACGUUGCCAACCAUUGGUAAAAUGGUCGCGCGUAUCAUCGUUGAUCCGCGAACCUUGAACCACAUCGUCGUUGCCUACGACGGGGAAAUCAGUAUCAAUGAGACGUGGAAAAUUGCCGCAAAGGUUACCGGCGAAGACUUCUCCGACUACCCCAAGGCCAGUAACGCCCCGGGUUUCUACUUCGCUCAAGCCGUGUCCGAUGAAGAGAUAGAGAAAGGCCGCCAGCAGACGGACAACUGGGUGAAGAAGGCUGUUGCUGAUUAUUACAGGAGCUUGUUUAUUCGUGGGGACAAUACCCUUGCGAAGGCGGAAGCGUUAGGUCGCCUGGAUUCCAGGAAGCUUUACGACGACGUACCAUAUCCCGACGUUGAAGAAGAGGCGAAGAACCACUACGCAUCGGGCUUUGUGCUUCACUACGGUUUCUCUGAGGAGGAUUUAUUGGACGUAUUUAAGACAGGAGCGUAA